AGUGGGUUGGGAAUGGAAGACUACUUCACAUGAUCUCUUCUUCUUACUAUUAUUGAUAUUCUCUUCUCUUCUCUUCUAUAUAUAUACAUCUAUUUUCUUCUCCUUAUAUUGGUAAUUGAGAAUGCCAAUUAAGUAGUACUACUUAACAAUUAACACACAUUCAUUUCUUAUCAAUCUUACUAUUUAUAUCUAUACACAUAUAUAAAUUUAUAAACUCCAAAAAUGUCGGACUCUACUCUUACUAGUACUACACCUACAACUGAUCUUCAACUUACUUCUACUUCUUCAUCACAAUCUCUACACCAGCUUUCUUGUUUGUACCCAAUCACUUUAAAGUUUGAAGAGGUUGUGUACAAAGUAAAGUUAGAGAACAGAGAUGGUGGUAAGAAACACAUAGAGAAAAGCAUUCUUAAUGGGAUAACAGGGAUGGUAUGUCCAGGUGAGAUACUAGCCAUGUUGGGUCCAUCAGGGAGUGGAAAAACAACCCUUUUAACGGCACUCGGCGGCCGUCUUUCGGGGAAGACAUUAUCAGGAAAAAUCACAUACAAUUCACAACCAUUCUCAGGCUCAAUCAAAAGAAGAACAGGUUUUGUAGCACAAGAUGAUGUGUUGUACCCUCACUUAACAGUAACAGAGACUCUGCUUUUCACAGCUCUGCUUAGACUUCCCAUGAGUUUAUCAACCCAAGAAAAAUCCCAACAUGUUGAUCGUGUGAUUUCUGAACUGGGUUUGAACCGGUGCCGGAAUAGCAUGAUUGGUGGACCACUUUUGAGAGGUAUUUCAGGUGGUGAAAAGAAAAGGGUUAGUAUAGGACAAGAAAUGUUGAUUAAUCCAAGUUUGUUGCUUUUGGAUGAGCCCACUUCGGGUUUGGACUCCACCACGGCUCAAUGGAUUCUAACCACUUUGAAAAGGCUGGCUAGUGGGGGCCGCACUGUGGUCACCACCAUUCACCAGCCAUCUAGUAGACUUUACCAUAUGUUUGACAAAGUCAUUCUUUUAUCUGAGGGUUCACCUAUCUACAAUGGACCUGCAAACACUGCUCUUCAUUAUUUCUCAACCAUUGGUUUCUCUACUUCCAUCACUCUCAACCCUGCUGACCUCUUGUUAGAUCUAGCCAACGGAAUAGCCCCGGAUUCUAAACAUGCAACUGAACAUAGUGAGAAUAUGGAACAAGAGAAGAAGAAAGUGAAGGAAGCUUUGAUUUCAGCAUAUGAUAAUAACAUAUCGCCUAAUUUAAAGGCUCAACUUAUUAUAACUACUUCUGAUAACACAAAAGAUCAUAAUCAUAAUAACAAUAAUAAUGGAAGUGAAUACAAUAACAAGAAGAAGAAAAUGGCAGCUAAUAGAGAUCAAUGGUACACAAGCUGGUGGCAUCAAUUCAAGGUUUUACUUCAAAGAGGUUUAAAAGAAAGAAGACAUGAGACUUUUAACAAGCUAAGGAUUUUCCAAGUUAUAAGUGUUGCUAUUCUUGGUGGACUCCUCUGGUGGCGCACUCCAAUGUCCCACAUCGAAGACAGAAUUGCUUUGCUAUUCUUCUUCUCUGUAUUUUGGGGUUUUUACCCAUUAUACAAUGCAGUGUUCACAUUCCCACAAGAGAGAACAAUGUUAAUAAAAGAAAGAUCAUCAGGAAUGUAUCGUCUCUCAUCGUACUUUUUAGCCAAAACAGUGGGAGAUCUCCCACUUGAAUUGGCUCUACCAACAGCCUUUGUUUUCAUAAUUUACUGGAUGGGAGGACUCAAACCCGACCCCUUUACAUUUAUACUAUCCCUACUUGUAGUACUCUACAACGUCCUUGUUUCUCAGAGUCUGGGGUUGGCAAUAGGAGCAAUUCUAAUGGACAUAAAACAAGCAACAACCUUAGCUUCGGUCACAACACUUGUGUUCCUCAUAGCUGGUGGUUACUACGUGCAACAAAUCCCGGCUUUCAUAGUGUGGCUCAAGUAUUUGAGCUACAGCUAUUAUUGUUACAAGCUUUUGUUGGGGGUUCAGUAUAAGGAAGGCGAAAUGUAUGAGUGUUCUAAAGGGGUUUGGUGUCCGGUGGAAGAGUUUCCUGCUAUUAAAUCUAUGGGACUCGCCAAUUUGUGGAUGGAUGUGUUGGUUUUGGCUCUCAUGUUGGUUGGUUAUAGGUUUCUUGCUUAUUUGGCCUUACAACGAGUGCGUUUGAGGUAAAAAUAGCCCAUUAUAAUCUCAUUCUGCUUGUUGCUGAUGGUGGUGAUCGAUGGUGAUGGUGAUGGUGAUGGUGAUGGUGAUGGUGAUAGUGGUGGUGUUGGUGAUAGUCUCCAACUCCAUUAAUUGAGUUUUGUCAAACAAAUUAUUAUUAUUAUUAGUAAUAAUGUGAUAAUGAUAAUGAGGAUGAGGAUGAGGAUGUGAUGAUCAUAAUUAUAAUGUUAUAAACGCGAAUUAAUAUUUUAGGUCAGUUAUUAUAGUUAAU